CGUGUGAGUACAGAACGAAUCAAACGAAUCGAAACCACGCAGCGUAAAUUCAUAAUGGAUAUCUAGCAGCUGAUUACUGACUUCUAGGAAGUUUCUCACAAGAUGUCGGGGGGUAUUUUGCGUGACAAGCCGCUGGCAGAAUUUUCCUAUUACGCAAAAACUCUUUAAAUUGAAACAAACACUAUUACCAUUACUUAACAUUGGGAUGGGAGCUAAACCAAGUACUGUAGCACAAUCUGCUGGAGGCAAUGGGCAAUCCUCUACUGGAGCAAACGAGACUACCAUGCAGAGUUUUUCUAUGCUCCGCUCUCUACCUGGAGGUGUUAGCAUGUUGCAACAUCAACGUCAGCAAGGGAAUCAAUCUCAGACUUCUCGAGUAUCAGGGGACAGUAGGCAACGUGCUCGUUCCUUGAGUUCAGUGCCAGAUCUUCCUCCUGUAGAUCAAAGUAGUCUUGCUUCUUCUGUCGGUGUCGGAGUUGGUCAAGCACUUGGUCUACCACAACUUGAUUCGGAUGAUGCAGAUGAAGACGGUGGAAGAGUUUAUGCUGCCCAUAGCUUGCCUUCACAUAUUUGGUCCCUCAACGGUCUAAAGUGUCCUGUUUGCUCCAAAUUUAUUCUACCGGAUGAUAUAGAAUGUCACCUGGUCAUGUGCCUGACCAAACCACGUCUUAGUUACAAUGAAGAUGUAUUAUCUGAUGAGAAAGGAGAAUGUGUUAUCUGUCUUGAAGACUUACAACCUGGUGAUGUCAUAGCCCGUUUACCUUGCCUUUGUAUAUAUCAUAAAAACUGCAUUGAUAAAUGGUUUCAAGUGAACCGUAGUUGCCCUGAGCACCCUGGGGAUUGAUUUAUACCCAUUGAAUAUGGAAGAGCACAAUGCAACUUGUUGCUGACCCAGAAGACUCUCAUCUUGAUGGGAAUAAAAUGGGAGGAAACAGCAAAGAUUUGAAAAAAGCUAGUCAAGAUGGCUGCUAGUCCACUGUGGUGGUUGGUGCGUGUGGUUGUUCGACUGAAUGACACAUACUCAAUUUGAAUAUGAGAACAGACAUUUAAUUAAAUCCUUGAUUAUAUUACUUGUAAGCAGGGGACUUAAAAAUCGCCAUAAGAUUCAACGACACAAUGCUAUUACUUAUACGUAUCUGUAAUUAAUCUAUUAGUGCUCUAUAAGCUUAUUAUCAAUUGUACCAUAUUUAUAAAUUUUACUUAGUUCUACAUCUUGAAGUCGAAUUAGAGUUAAGCAAGAUGAUCUGUAUUGUUAUUGGUUAUUUCACCUUUUUUGGAAAAGGGGGUAGAAUGAAUGUUAGUCGAAGGGCCUGUAUAAUAAUUAGGCAGCAUCUAUUUUAAAUGAGUUAAUUAUAUUUUUAAUGAUUUAAUUACGAAUCUAAUGUUUCAUUUUUGUUGUCUGUUGGGGAAUGAAUACAAGAAAGGAUAUUUUUGAUACUUUCAUAAAAGGAAGAGUCGGAUAUAUAAAAGUUUUAAGAAAUGGACUUUUACUAGUAAUGCUGUUGAAGCUCUAACAACAAUAAAAGUAUACAUUUAAAUUUCUUUAUUAGAACUUAAAGUUUGUGAUAAAUUUCUUUUACUUUUUUAGAAAAUUGACAUUCUCCAAUUAUGGAAUGAUGUAACUUGCUAUUAGUUGAAAGUUAGUUAUUUUAUAAUUAAUAUCUUUUUUAUAUGGUAAGCAUUAACAUAACUCAUAGUAGUUUUUGUAACAGAAAUAAACAUGGUCUGUCAAUUUUCCAGUAAUAUACACGUUGUAUAUAUCUGAUUAGACUUGUAUUACAGAUGGUAAGAAGUCUAAUUAAGUGAAAAUUUCAAACCAAAUACAACUGCAAAAAUGAAUCAAGCAUUCAAUAUGUUAAAUGAUAUUAUGAAAUAAAUACAUAAAUUCUGUAUUAAUAAAACCAUUAAAUUUACUACUGUUUUUAAAAUUAUGAAUAGUGAAUGGUAUUGUUAUAUUUUUGUUUACGAGUAAUUUUAUUUAAGAAUAUAAAUUUCUACAUAAUAAAUUAAUGAUGGAAAGACGUUUUAAUGGUAUAGGUUUCCAUAUGACAUUCACGUUUCUGGGCAAUCGUUGAUCAUCGUGACUCGGUGGGAGCUAAUUAUUCACGGGGGUUAAGACCCAUAAUUGGUCGAAGAGGAGAGAAAACAGGAUAAUCAAGUGUAAGCAAAAUAAAAUAACAUGAUGAAGCAAGUCAUUGUUGCUGAUGUAAACGCACAGAAUGAGUAACCAUUAGUGGAAAUAAAAAGU